AACUCGUCUGAUGUGCCUACACAGAGACUAUUUGUUUGGCCGUCUAACAUGCAAGUUUUGGACUGGGAUGGAGCACACAUUUGCGCUUCAAUCAGCUUCCAAUGGUGAUCUCACAUGAAAGAUGUUUUCUUUCUCAGUGAGUGAGUGAGUGAGUGUGGAGUUGGUGAGUGAAGCAGGGAGGGCUGGCAGUCAGAGAAGAGCAAAACUGCGAGCAUUUUCUAAUCAUCGUCUGUUGCCCUCUCAAGUCCAGACGGAUCCACUGGUCCCAUUUUGGACAGUUUGGCUGCAAACGAGCACGCCCACAUUUCUCCAGAGCCGCCACAACUCAAGGUGAAUGCCGUCAUGCCAUUUGGGUGCCUUGCGCUGCGAGAUGGGCAGACUUAUGAUAGCAUAUCUGAUGUGACAGACAAAUAUGAAAUUGGCCAUGUCCUCCGAGCAAAGGAGUUCUGUGAGCUGUGCCUGGCUAGGGACAGACAAACCAACAAAGUCUUUGUCUGCAAGAAGUUUCUCAAGAAAGAUGGCAGGAAAGUCCGCAAGGCCGCCAAGAAUGAGAUCAUGAUCCUGAAAUUGGUCAACCACCCAAACAUCCUUCAACUCAUAGAUACAUUUGAGACCCGUAAAGAAUACUACAUCAUCCAGGAACUGGCCACAGGAGGAGAUGUCUUUGACUGGAUUCAGGACCAAGGCAAUUACACAGAGAGAGAUGCCUCCAACGUCAUCAGACAGGUGCUGGAGGCUGUGGCAUACUUGCACUCUCUCAACAUUGUCCACAGGAACCUGAAGCUGGAAAACCUCAUGUACUACACAGAAAACAACCACAACAAAGUAGUUUUGCGAGAUUUCUAUCUGUCAAGAUUUGAGAAUGGGCCCAUCACAGAACCCUGUGGCACACCAGAAUACUUGGCACCUGAAGUAGUCGCUCGUCAUCGAUAUGGCCGACCUGUGGACUGCUGGGCUGUGGGUGUCAUUAUGUUCAUACUAUUAUCAGGUAACCCUCCUUUUUAUGAUGAGACAGAAGAGGAAAACACAGAUCUACAUAAUCGCAUCAUUUUCUGUCGAAUUGUUGCUGGUGAUUUUGAGUUUGAUUCUCCGUACUGGGAUGACAUUUCCCCUGCAGCUAAGGAGCUCGUCUGUCGACUCAUGGAGGUGGACCAGAUGCUGAGAAUCACAGCACAAGAUGCGCUUUGGCAUGAAUGGAUUGCAGGUAACGGUGCAUCUGAGAAGAACCUUAAGGAUGGCGUCUGUGCCCAAUUUGAGAAGAACUUUGCAAAGGCCAAAUGGCGGGAGUUAAAGAAAGCGAUCCGUGUCACCACCUUUAUGCAACGUCUGAAGAACUCUGAGUCAGUUAUUGACAGUUCAGCUGAGGUGCAGCGUGGGGAAGAUGCAGGGGAAGUAAAAGGAGGGCUGUCCGAGUUUACAAGUGAUGAGGAGGGUGGCAGGAUCACACAGAGCGAGGGGAUAACAAGUGGUGUGCCUUUAGAGGUUAUGGUUGAAAAUAGGCCACCGGACCUACAGGAAGUUAAAAAACAGCAGGCGGUAGAGGUGCAUCUUGAAGUUGGAGCAUCCCCAUCCUGUGAUAAGAUAACAAAGAAAGUGCAGGAUGGUCAAAGCAAGAAAACAGCCGCCAAUUUGGAUGAAAACAUAGCAUCUAAAAUAACACCCACAACAACCACGGAACACACCAGCCUGACAGACAAUAAUUUAGGGCCUCAUCUUGACAAGAAACUGAUAUGCACCUCUCCUGAUCCCAGCAGCAAGCGUAAAAUGACUGCAACACUUCAUGGCCUUCCACCCACAGCCUCGGCUAACGCCACACAGAAGGGUGGAAAUGACAGCAGCUGGUGUCAGACACAACUGCCAGAGGCGGUGGCAGAGAGUUCAGUGGGAACAUCAGCCACUACGGCAAUUGUGCCGGGAGCUGGGGCAGAUGUGGGUCAAGGUGUUCGUUUAAGGGGUGAAGCAAGUCCCAUGUUGAGGAGGGACAGGGACGCCAAGAAAACAGACCGAUAUAGUGCGGAGUUUAAUAUUGCCAGAGAAAGUCCUGCAGCAGGCCACGGUUGCUACGCAAUUGGCAGCUCUGCUAGUUUGGGCCGGCACGCCACACCGUACAAUAGAGACAUUGGGACCGUAGGUAUGGGGAUGGCAGGGCCCUAUGGGAGUCCAUAUAGCACCUUGUAUGCAAGUGGAAGAAGUGUGGGGAUGUAUGGGACUGGGUUACAUCACGGAACAGUGAGCAGCAGUACCACAAGCGACUGGCAAAUGGACAGCGUGAUUGAACAGAUUGAGAAGCAAAUGGUGGCAGUGCUGGAGAAGAUUGAAGGAGACAUGCCCUCGUUGUUGGAGCAAAUCAGCGACUGCCCUCCUGAACCACUACGCAUCCGCAGCACACACACCUCGCCUGCCACCGCUCGGGCCCGCACCUCACAUCACACCUCUUCGGAAACCUUGGCCACACCGCCGCCUCUUCCCACCUCUCCCAGGCCCGCGCUGCCGUCUCUCCCUCGCCUUGCUAUCCCUCCUGCUUCCUAUCCUCCACCCUCCCCACCUUCUCAAGCCUCAGUCCAAGCUGCAGGAGAACAAGAGUGUGGACAGAGUGGGACUGAAUGUUCUGGACUUUCCUCCAGAGCUGGGAUGGCCAGAGGGUUAUAAAAUAGGUGGAAUGAUCAAAUCCAAAACAUGUCACAGACUGGAAUUGGCUACGAAUCAUUGUAUUUUCACAUGAUUGGCAAGUGACCAGUCCAGAUCGGAGUCCUGAAAAUGGAUUGGAUGGAUAAUCUUUUUCUCUCUUGUAGAUCAGGAUUUAUCGUUAUUCUGCCACACUAAAACAGCACAUCCACAUCAUCCCUUCAAAGAUGUUGUAUUGUUUGGUGUGGCCACAAGAUGACUUCUUGAUGUACGUUUAGCACCAACGUCUUAUUGUUGAGUAAAAAGUAAUAGACAAGGGAAGCUGUAAAGAGCAUGAUCUGUGUGUGUGUGUGUGUGUGUGUGUGUGUGUGUGUGUGUGUGUGUGUGUG